GGGGGAGCCUGUCGGAACCCCCCAGGACCCCAGGGCGGUUGCUGAGUCGGGAUGCAGCCACUCCCAGCCCCGGAACCUGGGCCCCUGACCCUGCUGGACAGGACGGAGGGCUUCACGCGGAGAAAGAGGACCUCACUGUGCUUCGCGGGGGCCCUGCUGGCCCAGUCCCUCCUCACCCUGGCCAUCGGGCUGGCUGCCACCACACGGGUGGAGAACGUGUCCGUGGGCGGAUACCACCCCGGGAUCAUUCUGGGCUUUGGCGCCUUCCUGGGGAUGGUGGGUGUCAGCCUGGAGAACAGGAAGCAGAUGCUGGUGGCCGCCAUUGUCAUCAUUAGCUUUGGUCUGGUGGCCGCCGUCUGUUGUGCUACUGUGGACGGAAUGAUUGCCACUCAGCACAUAGAGCCGGGGCCCCUGAUGGCAGGCAGGUGCCAGUUCUUCUCCAGCGCGGGGCACCAGCAAGAUGUCUAUCAGGCAGAGGUCACCUGUCACUCUGUGAGCGAUAAGUGCCAACUGAAGGUGAAGAGCAACACCUGCUACUGCUGUGACCUCUACCCCUGCCACAGCGCGGAGCACCUGGCCCCCCACUACGUGUUCACGGGGGUUCGAAGCUGUGUGGACGUGCUGCACCUGUACCGGCUGCUCUGGGCCUUGGUCGUGCUCAACGUGCUGGGACUGCUGCUGGCUGUCCUCACAGCCGCCAUGCUGGGCGCCUUCAAGGACGUGGUGCCCCUGCCACAGCUGGCCUUCAGCUCUCCCCACCCCCCACACGUGCUCUGCAACCCCACCCAGCAGGCCCUGGCCAUCGCCAGCCUCUGCCCUGUGCCCGCGCUACCCACCCGCUCCUCCUACCCUCUGCCCUUGCAGCCGGACUGGACACAGAGGGCCCACGGUGACCUGAGCCCACGAUCCCAGCAGCAGGACUGA